UAAUCUUUAUAGUCAGCUGAAAACAUCAGACUGUGGCCAGUUGCAGGAGAUGAACAGUGGUUGAAGUGUCUCAUUCUUGCACAACAGUCGGAGCGACCCUACUCGUUGAUAGUUGGAUUGGACUAAAACCCUGAACUAUUUGGAUUUUGCUUUUCCUGGGUUGAAGGUUUGAAAGGAAACUUUUUUAAUAUGAGUACAGCUGAUUUACAAACGUCUCACAGUUGACAAAUUCUGAAAUGCACUGAAAAGCAUUUUUCAGCCUUUAGUGUUAAUCUUUGUACUUGGUGUUGGUAUAUGAACAACUGGAGUUGGGGAUAAUUUCAGGAUAAUUAGAGUGAAGAGCAUAAACAUUAGCAAGAUUGCGUAAGACAGAGACAUUCUUUACGACAGGUCAGAGUGAACUGAGCUAACCAUGGCAGGAACAGGUGGUCAAGUGGCCACUUUCUCUGUCUGGGAUUAUGUUGUGUUUGCCGGAACAAUUUUGGCGGCAGCGGGCAUCGGCCUUUUCCAGGCCAUUCGGGGCCGUAAGGAUACCAGCAGCGCUGAGUUCCUGCUGGGUGGACGGCAAAUGACAGCCGUGCCAGUGGCCAUGUCGCUCACUGCCAGCUUCAUGUCUGGCAUCACAGUGAUUGGCACACCGACUGAGGCCUACAGGUUUGGAGCUGCCUUCUGGAUCUUCGGCUUCUCCUAUGCCAUCAUGUCUGCAGUCACUGCUGAGAUCUUUGUCCCGCUUUUCUACAGGCUGGGGAUCACCAGCGCCUAUGAGUACCUGGAGAUGCGCUUCAGCCAGCCCAUUCGGAUAAUUGGGACCUCAAUGUACAUCAUACAGACGGCCCUCUACACCGGUUUGGUCAUCUAUGCUCCUGCUCUCGCACUAAAUCAAAUCACAGGACUUGAUCUAUGGGGAGUGCUGGUGGCUACAGGAGCGGUUUGCAUCCUCUACUGCACUGUGGGCGGUCUGAAAGCGGUAAUCUGGACCGACGUGAUGCAGAUGGUGAUCAUGCUGUCAGGUUUUGUGGCGGUCAUAGCUAGAGGAGCUGUUCUGCAGGGAGGCCUGACGAAGAUUUGGGAAGACGCCCGCCAAGGAGGCCGACUAGAGGCGUUUGAUUUUGACCCAGAUCCUCUGAAGCGACAUACCUUCUGGACCAUCGUAGUCGGUGGCAGCGUCAUGUGGGUGUCUAUCUACUCGAUCAACCAGUCCCAGGUGCAACGCUACAUCUCCUGCAAAACCCUGAGACAUGCUAAGAUGUCUCUGUACGUGAACAUGGUCGGCUUGUGGGUGACUGUGAGUCUGGCUGUGUUUUCUGGCCUCACCAUGUUCUCCAUUUACAAGAACUGUGACCCGCUUACAAACGGUGAUAUAAGCACCCAUGACCAGAUGCUGCCCUACCUUGUGAUGGAUAUUUUGGCAGACUACCCUGGAAUCCCCGGCUUGUUUGUGGCCGCUGCAUACAGUGGUACCCUGAGCACGGUGUCUUCCAGCAUUAACGCCCUCGUUGCCGUCACCGUGGAAGACUUUAUUCUUCCACUGUUCAAAAACCUGACAGAGAAGCAGGUGUACUGGAUGAACAUGGGCCUGAGUGUAUUCUUUGGUGCCCUGUGUAUCGGGAUGGCUGGAAUUGCUUCACUGAUGGAAAGCGUGUUGCAGGCAGCUCUGUCCAUAUUUGGGAUGAUCAGCGGGCCUCUUCUCGGUCUGUAUCUAUUAGGCAUGCUAUUCCGCACAUCCAAUUCAACAGGAGGACUAGUGGGUUUGAUCCUUGGUCUGGUGUUGACUCUGUGGGUGGGGAUUGGAGCCCAGAUUUUCCCACCAACAUUUGAAAAGACAAAUCCUCUCCCAGUCAGCAUCGCGGGCUGCAACAGCACUAUGGGAGAAAACUACACAACGCCAGCUCCGUGGACCAGUGCAGUGACUGUGACCUCACAGAUUGAUGUGAGGCCGCCUCUGGCAGACUCCUGGUACUCUCUGUCCUACCUCUACUUCGCCUUGUUUGGUACUCUGAUCACAAUGGUGUCUGGCCUGCUGGUGAGCAUGAUCACAGGGGGAUGCAAACAAGAAGAAAUGAACCCUGAUCUGUUUGUGAAGAUGAGUGACCUGAUCUGCUUCAGUUGCUGUAGUAAAUCAGAGGCAUCAAACGUCACAGAAAAGGCAGCAACAGACUUCCAUAUGAAAGCUGACGACUCAACAAUCAAAGACUUUGACCCGAUGUGUAAAGAUGCUGAAAAGGCCACCAAACUGUAACGCCGACAUAUGCAUACGUUUUUUUCUUUGUUGAGAAAUUUAAAUGCCAUUGUUUUUAUGAACAUACAGAUGCCAAGUCACAGUUGUUCUGCUGCUACGUCCCCGUGGUUCAUUUCAUUUCCAAAAACAAACAAUUGUAUCUCCAGUAUUGGUAUAUGCCUUUUUCAUGUUGAAUAUAUAUAUAUAUGAUGUGUUUUAAACAUGCUGCUUAAAUCAAAACAGAAAAUCUAUUUAGAUUUUAAAUUAACAAAAGAGCUUUACAACAAGUGGUAAAGCUUGGCAUAACUAAAACAGAAGCUUGCCUAUUUAUGUUGCAACCAUACUGAGGGUGCUUAAACAACAGAAAAAAACAAGAAAUAUACAGAAGAAUGUUCUGGAACAUGAGGUGGAAAUCCUUUAAUGAAACCGAAGACGUUUAACUAUUGUGGUAUUCGUCAGAACAAUAGGGAAAAGGGAUAACACAAGGCUCUUUUAUCACACUGUAACUGAGCUGCUCCCAUUUCCUAUUUAGCAGCAAUGUUGCAACUUGACUAUUAUUGCCCUUUGUUCAAUUGUUCUCCCCGUUAGCGGCUGCUAGCUUUAUAUUCUGAACAUUGUCCUCCUUUAUUACAUGACAGGCACAACACAAUACUGUCUGACAAUUUUACAACAUAUGUGAUGGCAAUACUGUAAUGAAAGAACAAUGGCCAUUUGUGUUUGAGUAUUUCUUUAGUGGCUAGUUGUUUAUAUAUCUGGAAAUGGUGCACUCUUUAUGAACUACCUGUAUAAAUUAGUCACAACA